CGCCCCGGUGCCAUCCCGCAGGAUCCCCUCCCCCGGCCCGGCGGCGGCGCGAGGCCGCCAUGGCCAAGCAAUACGACGUGCUGUUCCGCCUGCUGCUGCUCGGCGACUCGGGCGUGGGUAAGACGUGCCUCCUGUGCCGCUUCACCGACAGCGAGUUCCACCCGGCGCACAUCUCCACCAUCGGGGUGGACUUCAAGAUGAAGACGAUCGAGGUGGAUGGCAUCAAGGUGCGCAUCCAGAUCUGGGACACGGCAGGGCAGGAGCGGUACCAAACCAUCACCAAGCAGUACUACCGGCGGGCACAGGGCAUUUUCCUAGUAUACGACAUCAGCAGUGAGCGCUCCUACCAGCACAUCGUCAAGUGGGCCAGCGAUGUGGACGAGUAUGCACCCGACGGCGUCCAGAAGAUCCUCAUUGGGAACAAAGCAGAUGAGGAGCACAAGAGGCAAGUGGCCAAAGAGCAAGGGCUGCAGCUUGCCCGGGAGUAUGGAAUGGACUUCUAUGAGACCAGUGCCUGCAGCAACCUGAACAUAAAGGAGUCCUUCACCCGACUGACGGAGCUGGUGCUGCAGGCGCACCGCAAGGAGCUGGAGGGGUUGCGCACUGCCACGGCCCCCCCUGAGCUGACCCAGCUGGAGGAGGAUGAGCAGCAGACCCCAGGGGGGCAUGACAACCCCAAAAACUGCUGGUGUUGAAGCCUGGCCUCCCCCAGCCUUGCUACAGAGGGGGCAUGGCGGGGGGACACAAGGAAUGGGGACUUACCCCUACUCCACUGCAGCCCCUUGGUGUUUGGGGGGGACCCAGGCACUGUUGGCACACCCUGCAACCCUGUUUUGCACAUUGUUUCCACAAUAAAGGAGAUACUGGAGCCCCUU